AUGACAACAGCAACAGGUGUCACACACGUGAAUGCUCAUAUGUCACCUGCCAUUACCCAUGAGGCUUCGCGCCGACUUCCUGGUUGGAACAGAACCAACAUGGCGACCCCGAGCGGUCAGCUGUGGGUACAGGUCUGCCUUCUGGUCUUUCUCACGGCCGUGCAGAUAUUGGCAGGGCGAGACUUUUAUAAAAUCCUGGGUGUGCCCAAAGACGCCUCCACCAACCAGAUCAAGCGGGCCUACAGGAAGCUGGCCAUGCAGUACCACCCAGACAAGAACCCCGACGACCCGGAGGCCGACGAGAAAUUCCACGACAUCGGAGCAGCAUACGAGGUAUUAUCAGAUGCAGACAAAAGGAAGACGUACGACAGACACGGGGAGGAGGGUCUGAAGGAGGGGUCCAACUUCGACCCCUUUGGGAGCUUCUCCAGACUCAGCUCGGGCCGGGCAGGUUUCAGAUGAUGCAGGAGACGGUCUGCGACGAGUGUCCCGCUGUCAAAAUGGUGACAGAAGAAAAAGUCCUGGAGGUUGAGAUCGAGCAGGGCAUGAGAGACGGGCAUGAGUACCCGUUCCUGUCUGAAGGUGAGCCCCACAUAGACGGGGAACCCGGAGACCUGAAGUUCCGCAUCAUCCAACUAAAACAUGAGAAGUUUGAGAGGAGAGGAGACGACCUGUACACAAACGUGACCAUCUCGCUGGAGGACGCUCUGACAGGGUUCGAGAUGGACAUACAGCAUCUGGAUGGGCACAAGGUCCAUAUAGUCCGCGACAAAGUCACGUGGCCCGGCUCCAAGAUCCGGAAAAAGGACGAAGGCAUGCCGAACUACGAGAACAACAACUCCAGAGGGGUGCUAGUCAUCACGUUCGACGUGGAGUUCCCAAAAGGCAGUAUAACAGAAGAGAACAAGGAAGCUUUAAGGAAAGUUUUACAGCAAGGGUCGUCACAGACAGUUUACAACGGGCUGCAGGGGUACUAGACUAGCGGGAGGGGGGCUGCAGGGGUACUAGACUAGCGGGAGGGGGUAGAGGUAGAGUUUAGGGGGGAGGGGGGCUAGAGAUAGAGAGGGUUUACAACAAUUUUGAAAUGUACAUGAUCACAAAUUCACAAUCAAUAGAAAGACAUUUUUCAUGAUAUUGUCGUACCAACUGUCAUACAACUGUAAAUUUGUGCACCCCGGAAUGUAAGGUGUACAGUGGGAUAUCAGGACUAGAAGUACAGUGUUUUUCCUACAGUUACUAAGUACAAUGUACUUUGGUGUACUGGCACCAUUAUACUUAGAGAGAUCACAACUACAUGUAGGUCCAAAAAGCCACAGCCUUACUGGUACUGAAACUGUUAUUGUUUAUCCGUAAAUUACAAAAAAAGAUGAUUGAGGUGUCUUGUAUAAAUAUGGCAGAUGUCAGAAAAUAAUAAACACACAGUCAGUCAUUUUCAAUUUCAUUGACUUUUAGCCAUUGUCUUUAGUUUUCAGAAAUCAACACUUUUCCACAAGCCUGCUAGCGGUAGUACAGGGGUAGUCUGGUUCUGCUUUUUGACCCUGAAUUCAAAAUGGCUGAAGGUCAAUGAAAGUGUUCUGUAACAACAGAUAAAAUGUGAACUUGUUCAGUGCUACUGUAAUACCAUUUUGUGUAUCUUUCAAUGAUACAUUGUAGUUCUGUAAGUCCCAUUGUAACAGACUAAAUUAUUCCAGUAAAAGUAGUUUGGUGCUCCUGAUGUACUCCGGUACUUUGGAACUCCUUAUUUCUAGUAAGUUAAGGUCCAGUUAGGGGGUUAGAUCAUUUGAGCAGGUUUUAAGGUCUGUGACCAAGUCAAAAAGGUGCAUGUGAUACGUACAUCCUACAUUUGGAGCUAGCCCUGGUCUAUGGACAAAACUUUGGAGGACUUUAGAGAAAAUUAGGAAUGGACUGGGAUGCACGAGGCGUGAAGCUGUAAAACAAAUGAUAGAAUCAAGAAUGCUGAUGGAAAGACAAUUCUCCAAGAUUACUUAGAAGAAUAAGUAGAAAAUGGACAAGUCCUAUGUACUUUGUUUUUAUGUAUAUCUGAAACAUUCAUAUACAAAUGUAUGCACAACACGAGGAUCCUUUCUGUUCAGUUUCUUACCAGCACAACUCAGGCAAGCAUAUUGUUGAACGUACCUGAAAAUUCUUUACAUUGGCAAUAUUUAUUGUUAAAGAAUAUUUGAUUUUGACUGUGUAAUAGUGACAUUCCAUGUAUGGUGUAGAAAGCAGAAGAGAAUUGUACAGGAAUAUGUGUAUGAUUAUAUUGUUUUUGUCCAAAGAACAGCAAAAUUUGCAUGGACAGUCAUCAGAUGCAUGUGAUUAAAUGGGUAUAUUGUGUUA